AUGGAUAAUCUCAACCUGGAACUUACCGCGGCAGCCGGCUUAGGCUUCCUCGCCCAUUGGGCGUACUUUAUACAUGGGGAGAGAGAUUUACAAGCUGCAAAUAUUGCCCGAGUGCAUCUACUUUUUGCAUUUAUAAUCCCGUAUAUCAUGAACUCUUUCUUGAAGAUUCCAAUCAAAGAGGCAAUCUAUGAGAGCAUCAAGAUUGACGCUGCCUAUGCGGCUGCCCUUUUCAGCAGCAUCAUCACCUAUCGUUUACUCUUCUCUCCUCUCAGGAACAUCCCGGGUCCAUUGGGCAUGAAACUGAGCAAGCUCACGCAUGUUGUGGAUCAAGCCUAUUACCGCAAUUGUGAAAGGUUGCACGAGCUUCAGAAGAAGUACGGCGACGUUGUUCGGACUGGACCUAAUGAGGUGACGCUUUUCGGCUGGCAUGCGUAUCAGAUGGUCCAUGGCUCCGACUCAACUUGCGGUCGUUCAGCAUACUACGACAUCCUGCACCCUAUGGUCUCUCUCGAUACGGUGCGAGAUCCAUUGAUCCACGCCCAUCGGCGGAAGGUCUGGGAUUUCGCCUUCAGCAUCCGAUCCAAACUCACCAGCAUAGCCAUGGAAAAUGUUGAGCCUCUCAUUUAUGAGCAUACCGAUAAGCUCAUGGCGCAGCUCCAUCGACGCAAGGGAUCAAGCCUGAACAUCUGCCAAUGGCUUGAGUAUUACACCUUUGACGCAAUGGGCAAGUUCGGACUCUCGGUUGAUUUCGAUAAUCUCUCGGGAGAAGAACAUCCCAUCAUGUCGCUGUACCACAUCGCCCAUCGGCGACUGGGCCCCCUUGCUGCCGCGCCAUGGGUCAAGCAUCUUCUGAUGGGCAUUCCAUUCAUCGAACGCAUGAAGUAUUACCGCAUGUUCUUCAAGUGGGCCCAUGAAGAGCUAGACAAGAAUAUCGAGGCAAGCAUACAAAAUGAGAAGGCAUUUGCAAUGGCUGCAAACAGCAAAGAGGAGCGUGCUGAUGUUAUCGGCUACGUGAUUCGCGACGCCAUCCAGAACGGAGGAGUCCAAAAGAACUGGAACUUUGUUCUCGGUGAUUUCAUCCUCGUCAUCGUCGCGGGGAGUGACCCUGUCCGCCAGGUGCUUGCCAACAUUCUGUACUACCUCAUCCUUAAUCCUCAUCACCUUGUGCAGCUCCGCCAAGAGCUGGGCCAGAUCAGCCUACGCGACUACAGGGCUCUUCAUAAGGCCUCUCACUUCAACGCCUGCCUCUAUGAGACCAUGCGCUUGAACCCGCCUGUCCCUUCGUCCGGCUUGCGCAUGGCACCCAAAGGCGGGUUGAACUUCCAGGGAGUACACAUUGCCGAGGGAACAACAAUCUGCACCCCGCAACACAGCAUGCUCAGAGGCGUAGACGAGCGCAACUACGUUGAUGCUGAGAAAUGGAAUCCCGACCGCUUCAACACGAAGCCGGAGCUCAUCUUAAACAAGCAAGCCUUUACCCCGUGGAGUAUCGGGAAAAUGUCCUGCCUUGGCAAGAACCUAAGCCUGAUGGAAAUCCGGGUGGCUGCGGCCCAGCUGAUCAUGGAAUUUGACUUUGAGUUCGCCCCUGGCGAGGACGGCACGAAGAUGUUUACUGAGGCCAUUGACUAUUUCACCACAACCCCUGGGCCCCUUAAUCUUGUCUUUAAAUCGAGGGCUGCAUCAUAG